AUGGCGAAGAGCGUUUCCGUCACCGAAGGUGGUGGAGGAGGAGAUGGCGUCCGAAGACGAGCAUCGAUCAACGACCCUGGCGCCGACGCCGCCCUCGCGAAGAUGGGUUACCAGUCUGAACUCCCUCGGAACCUAUCCAUGCUGAGUGUUCUCGGCAUGUCGUUUGCCAUCAUGGCUGUUCCUUUCGGUCUUUCAACAACACUCUACAUCACGCUUACGGAUGGUCAAUCCGUGACUGUGCUUUAUGGCUGGAUCCUUGUUUCUCUCAUCUCCCUGGCUAUCGCUGCUUCGCUCGCGGAAAUCUGUGCCGUGUAUCCUACGGCCGGCGGCGUGUACUACUGGUCCGCUAUGCUAUCAACGCGCGAAUGGGCGCCCAUUGCCUCGUGGGUUACUGGCUGGCUCACUCUGGUUGGAAAUUGGACGGUUACGCUUUCGAUCAAUUUCUCAGGUGGCCAACUCAUUCUAUCCGCCAUCACGCUCUGGGACGAGGACUUUGUGCCGAAUCAAUGGCAGACGGUGCUUGCGUUUUGGGCUGUCAUGCUCAUUUGCAUGAGUGUGAAUAUCUUCGGUGCCAAGUAUCUGGAUUUGAUCAACAAGAUAUGUAUCUACUGGACAGCGACAAGUGUGGUGGUUAUUAUGGUUGUGUUGUUGAGUAUGGCGGACAAUAAGAGGGAUGCCGACUUCGUGUUUACGCAUUAUGAUGCCAGUCAGAGUGGAUGGCCAUCGGGAUGGGCCUUCUUCGUCGGCCUUCUCCAGGCUGCGUACACGUUGACUGGUUACGGUAUGGUUGCAGCCAUGUGCGAAGAAGUAUCAAACCCGUCACGCGAGGUUCCCAAAGCCAUCGUUCUCUCCGUCGCUGCGGCUGGUGUUACGGGAGUCAUCUACCUGAUUCCCAUCCUCUUUGUUCUUCCUGAUGUACAACUGCUCCUCGAUGUCGCCAACGGACAACCCAUCGGCCUGCUCUUCAAGACGGUCACCGGCAGUGCAGGCGGCGGCUUCGGACUCCUUUUCCUCAUCCUCGGCAUUCUCUUCUUCGCGGGCACUGGCGCACUGACCGCUGCAUCCCGCUGCACUUACGCCUUCGCCCGCGACGGCGCAAUUCCCGGUUCUCGACUCUGGGCCAAAUCCUCUCCACAGUCGUUGACUGUCUUCUCGGCCUCAUCUACUUCGGCCUCGGCAGCAUUCAACUCCUUCACCGGAGUCGCCACAAUCUGCCUGUCCACAUCCUACGGCAUGCCCAUUCUCAUCUCUGUGCUGCGCGGCCGCAGAGCAGUCAAGCACUCAACGUUCUCACUCGGCCGCUUCGGCUACGCUAUCAACGUUGCUAUGAUCGCUUGGAUCUGCCUCGCAGUCGUGCUCUUCUGUAUGCCGGUUAGUCUACCCGUCGAGGCGGCUACUAUGAACUACGCGAGUGUUGUAUUCGCGGGUUUCGCAGCGAUCAGCGUGGGGUGGUAUUUCAUCCGGGGUAGGAAGGAAUUUUCAGGACCGCCUGUGCCGACGGAUGUUGAGCCUGGUGAGGAGGGCGUUGUUGCGGGAUUGGCGGUGCAGGAUAGUAGGCAGGAUGUUGAGGGCAGGGGGGAUAAAGAUAAGGUUGUUGAUGGAAGUCCUAAGAGUGAGCAUAGUAAGGUUUAUUGA